AUGGAAGUCCACAAGAAGAUGCUGGCCAAGAAGCUCAAGGCUCUUUACAAGAUCGUAGAGCACCAGAACCCUCGCCUCCACCUGUCUCUCACCAUCCGCUACGCCGACGAUCUUAAACGCCCUGACCACGACGUCGUUGAACUCAAGAUGCCCGAGGACGUUGGCCGCUUCAUCAAGGCUGGAGAGCACAUGUCUGAGGCUGAGAGACACGAAGCCGGCAUCGAUCGCCUGCUUACCACCAACAUGCACCUCGCCCAGCCCAGCGCAUACAACCCCAUCAAGACCCUUGGAGAACUGAGAAAACUCUUCAAGUCUGGCUAUGUGCGCAAGCCAGAGAGCCCCAGAUGCGCCCAGUGGGACGCCUGUGUUUUCGAAGAGCUGCAGGUCCAGGGCUUUGUCAUUCAGCUGACCAUCGAUGACUUCUGCUGGGCUGCCGAUGAAGUUUGGGGUCCUGCUAAGGUCGCAACUCACAAGCCUGUAAGUCAUGUUCGUCGUCGUGCUCGUCGGUCUUGUCUAACCAAGGAAAGGUCCACUCUGAAGGAUGAGUUGUUUCGAACGCAUCGAAAAUCGACUUCGUGUUUAUUGAAGGUCCGUGGUCGAUGUUUCCAGCACCAACAGCAUAUACUGACGGCAAACAUCAACAGCGUGCGCCCGCGGUACAUGCCACCGCAUUCGACCCAGGGGUAUAGCAACCAUUGA